GUGGCGGCGGUGGCGGCGGGUGUCCCCCUCGGUGGUCGGUCCGGCAGCCCCCGAGACCCGGACGGAAGACGCGGCCCCGAGCUGUCCCUGCAACCCUGGGCGGUGGCCCGGGCGAGCCGGCGCCUCCGCCCGCAAGACGGGCCGGGGCGGGAUGUAGGGCGCUGGGCUCAGAGGCCGCCGGCGCGGCUGGGGGAGAACGGAGGGCGCGCCAAGGAUGGAGAGAGCGAUGGAGCAGCUCAACCGCCUGACGCGCUCGCUGCGCCGCGCUCGUACCGUGGAGCUGCCCGACGAUAAUGAAACUGCUGUUUAUACAUUAAUGCCAAUGGUUAUGGCUGAUCAACACAGGUCUGUUUCUGAACUACUAUCAAAUUCAAAGUUUGAUGUUAAUUAUGCGUUUGGACGUGUGAAAAGAAGCUUGCUUCACAUUGCGGCAAAUUGUGGAUCAGUGGAAUGCUUGGUUCUGCUAUUAAAGAAAGGAGCAAAUCCUAACUAUCAAGAUAUUUCAGGCUGUACGCCCCUUCAUUUGGCAGCUAGAAAUGGGCAGAAGAAAUGCAUGAGUAAAUUAUUAGAAUACAGUGCUGAUGUCAACAUUUGUAAUAAUGAAGGCCUUACAGCAAUACACUGGCUGGCUGUGAAUGGGCGGACGGAAUUGCUCCACGAUCUUGUGCAGCACGUCAGUGACGUCGACGUGGAGGACGCCAUGGGGCAGACGGCGCUUCACGUGGCCUGCCAGAACGGUCACAAGACGACAGUGCAGUGCUUGCUGGACAGUGGUGCUGAUAUUAACAGGCCAAACGUAUCAGGAGCCACUCCAUUGUACUUUGCUUGCAGUCAUGGUCAGAGAGACACAGCACAGAUUCUUCUAUUACGAGGAGCCAAAUAUCUGCCAGAUAAAAAUGGAGUAACCCCUCUGGAUUUAUGUGUACAGGGUGGAUAUGGAGAGACCUGUGAAGUAUUAAUUCAGUAUCAUCCUAGGCUUUUCCAGACGAUUAUUCAAAUGACACAGAAUGAAGAUCUCCGAGAAAACAUGUUACGGCAAGUUCUGGAACAUUUGUCUCAGCAAAGUGAAAGCCAGUACCUAAAGAUUUUAACAAGCCUUGCUGAAGUUGCCACAACAAAUGGUCAUAAACUGCUUAGCCUAUCUAGUAAUUAUGAUGCUCAAAUGAAGAGCCUUUUAAGGAUUGUGAGGAUAUUUUGUCAUGUCUUUCGAAUUGGUCCAUCCUCUCCCAGUAAUGGAAUCGAUAUGGGCUACAACGGGAAUAAAACUCCAAGAAGCCAGGUGUUCAAGGUCAGAAAAGUAAUUGACGUUGUUAGGAAGAUAGACGUAAAAGAGAUGAAUUUGACAAAGCAUGCAUUCAUUAAUCAGAAACCUCAUACACAGAACCCUCUUGAAUUGCUUUGGCACUCAUUAGAUGAAUGGCUAGUUUUAAUAGCUACAGAACUGAUGAAAAACAAAAAGGACUCAACGGAUAUCACUUCUAUUUUACUAAAACAAAAAGGCCAAGAUCAAGAUGGUACUUCCAUUCCUCCAUUUGAACCUCCAGGACCUGGGAGCUAUGAAAAUCUAUCCACUGGCACCAGGGAAUCUAAACCAGAUGCUCUAGGAGGGAAACAGGAAGCCAGUGCAGACUGUCAGGAUGUUAUUUCUAUGACAGCUAAUCGGCUAAGUGCUGUCAUUCAAGCUUUUUACAUGUGCUGUUCUUGUCAGAUGCCUCCAGGAAUGACUUCACCGCGUUUCAUUGAAUUUGUCUGCAAACAUGAUGAAGUUUUAAAAUGCUUUGUUAACAGAAAUCCCAAAAUUAUAUUUGACCACUUUCACUUCCUCCUUGAAUGUCCGGAGUUGAUGUCAAGAUUCAUGCAUAUCAUAAAAGCACAGCCGUUUAAAGAUCGCUGUGAAUGGUUCUAUGAACAUUUGCAUUCAGGACAACCAGAUUCAGACAUGGUGCACAGGCCAGUGAAUGAAAAUGAUAUCCUGCUGGUUCACAGAGAUUCUAUUUUUAGGAGUAGCUGUGAAGUUGUGUCAAAAGCAAAUUGUGCAAAACUAAAGCAAGGAAUUGCUGUACGGUUCCAUGGAGAAGAAGGCAUGGGUCAAGGUGUUGUGCGUGAGUGGUUUGAUAUUCUGUCUAAUGAGAUAGUCAAUCCUGAUUAUGCGUUGUUUACCCAGUCAGCCGAUGGAACAACUUUUCAGCCUAAUAGCAACUCCUAUGUAAAUCCUGAUCACUUGAACUAUUUCCGAUUUGCUGGACAGAUCUUGGGAUUGGCUUUGAACCAUAGGCAACUGGUCAACAUUUAUUUCACAAGAUCAUUCUACAAGCACAUUCUUGGUAUUCCUGUAAAUUACCAAGAUGUGGCAUCCAUUGAUCCCGAAUAUGCCAAAAAUUUGCAGUGGAUUUUAGAUAAUGAUAUUAGUGAUCUGGGUCUAGAACUAACUUUUUCUGUUGAGACUGAUGUGUUUGGAGCAAUGGAAGAGGUGCCUCUGAAACCUGGGGGCGGAAGUAUUCUUGUGACACAAAAUAACAAAGCGGAGUAUGUCCAGCUUGUUACUGAACUUCGAAUGACAAGAGCCAUACAGCCUCAGAUCAAUGCUUUUUUACAGGGCUUUCAUAUGUUCAUUCCACCUUCCCUCAUACAACUUUUUGAUGAAUAUGAAUUGGAGUUACUGCUUUCUGGCAUGCCAGAAAUUGAUGUGAGUGAUUGGAUAAAAAAUACAGAAUACACAAGUGGCUAUGAAAGAGAAGAUCCAGUUAUUCAGUGGUUCUGGGAAGUUGUGGAAGAUAUUACACCAGAGGAGAGAGUUCUUCUCCUGCAAUUUGUUACUGGCAGUUCCAGGGUACCACAUGGUGGAUUUGCUAAUAUCAUGGGUGGAAGUGGAUUGCAAAACUUUACAAUUGCUGCUGUGCCAUAUACUCCAAAUCUGCUACCAACUUCAAGCACAUGCAUCAACAUGCUCAAGUUACCUGAAUACCCAAGUAAAGAAAUACUCAAGGACAGACUUCUAGUGGCACUACAUUGUGGCAGCUAUGGUUACACAAUGGCAUAAUGAAGUCUGGAGAACUCAUCUGACUACUGAUGCACAAAUCAGAGUGGCAGAAGUAAUUUAGGAAACUGUCAACAGAAAAGCAGCCUAAAUGCCGCCGAUAGGCAGGGCAGAUGUUUAAAAUUCAUAAAGGAUCAGGUUUUCUUUUCCCACCCCUUUUUCUUUUUUGUGUUUUCUCAGUUUGUGAUACAAUUAGAAAAUAUAAAAUCACAGUAGUCUUCAUUUUAAAAAAUGCUAAUUGAAAGUAUUAGAAAAUGACUUUAUUGAUAUUUCUUUAAUCUUAUCCAAGAUUGUGUUAAGGUAAAAUUUUAUUAAUACAUUCCUCCUCUACUAUGUAACUGUUUUGUUGAAAGAAUGUUUUCUCUUUAUUUUACUAUAUAUUAAAAUAUAUUAGAACAUCCAGCCUGGUAUGUUCUAUUGCAUGUAAAGUGCCAUUUAUAUUUUGGAAAACUAUUGUAUAGAAUGGAUUAGUUGAGAUUGUGUAUAAAACCACAAAUAUGUAUUUUCUCAUUUGAAUGUAUAUUGCAAUGAUGUUUUUUAGCUUUUUAAUAUUUUAAUAUGUAAUGUAAAAUUUAGACUGAUGUGACUAACAUCUAAAUUUGUAUACUAAAGCUUAUACUAUAUUGUAUGAUUUAUUUGCAUCUUUCAGUGGUCAGUUUUCCAUACAUAUAGGGUCUCAAACUUUUUC